AGGGAAUCCACCCCAUGCCACUCAACUUGGUACUCGGUCAUCGUCGUCAAGUCUCAGUCAUUCCUUUCUCUUUCUCUCCUCAUACAAAAGCACAAAAACGCACAGACCUCCCCUUGUCCCCAUUCACCCAUUCAUCCCUCCACCUAUCACUUUUUGCCACUUUUGACACCUUACCUUAACAACCACAUUUGCACACUUUUCCUCUUUCCCAUUUCUUCCCUCGUCUCCUCGUUCGUUGUACACUUUCUAAACUCUUCACAUUCUCUUUUCCUUUCUCUUCAUCUUGAAAGAUCAUUCACCGACAUGAUCUAUUCCACCGCUUUACCACUUCUCACCCUUUUCGGUUUAAUCAAUCUUGGUGUUGAAGCUCAUACUGGUUGCGGAGGACAUGAAAUCGGUCGUCGAAACCCUGGUGGGAGAUUGAUAGAGCGUGCUCCGACCGAUGAGGAAAGUGCUGCGUCUUCGUUAGAUGUCACCUACGAAUGCACUGCCUAUUCAUACGCUCCAGUCCUCAAUAUCAAAGACAGAUAUCCUACUAUAUGGCAAGCAGCCUAUAUACUUCCGGACGACACUGAAGCUCAAACUCUUUUCGCUUCUAUCAAUGCUACAUUAAACGAAAAAUUCCCUAAUAUCAAACCUAAGGGUACAUCGACGGGAGAUUUCACAGGUGUUGCUUAUAAUGCUACAGAUCCUGAUUGUUGGUGGACUUGGCAUCAGUGUACAACUCCAAAUCAAUCUACUGGUUUACCACCUGAUAUCAUUUCGACUCCUGAACCUGGUACAUGGGGUUUAGGAUUUGAUGAUGGACCGAAUUGUAGUCAUAAUGCUCUCUAUGACUUUUUGAGGGAUCAGCAACAAAGUGCUACCAUGUUUUACAUCGGAUCAAACGUCAUGGAUUGGCCACUGCAGGCAAUGCGUGCUCUGACCGACAACCACCAAGUCUGCGUUCACACCUGGUCGCACGAAUACAUGACCUCAUUCACCAACGAAGCCGCUUUCGCCGAACUGUACUACACUCAAAAAGCUAUCAAAGAAAUUCUUGGCGUCACACCUCUAUGCUGGAGACCCCCCUACGGUGACAUUGAUAACCGAAUUCGUACGAUUGCAGCGGGACUCAAUAUGACUUCCAUAUUAUGGAGUGAUGACACUGAAGAUUGGCGUGUAAACGCUCCAGGAUCCAAUGUAACUGCCGCCGAUGUGGACAACAAUUACAACGCCGUCAUCGGUAAAGUCAGUAACGGUACCUAUGUCAAUUCUGGACCUGUGGUACUCAACCACGAAUUGAACAACUACACAAUGACAGUAUUCAUGAAUCACUAUGCCGAUAUCAAAAAGGCCUUCACCUACGUCGUUCCCAUCGCCGCUGCGUACAACACCACCCAUCCUUACUUGGAAUCCAACAUUACUUUCCCUACUUUUAGCCAAUAUGUGGCCGGUCAACAAAACGUCACGACCAGCCCGAGCACUGGUACCGACUCUAGCAGUAGUACAUCUCCCUCUGGAACAUCAUCAGCAUCAAGCUCGGCAUCAUCCUCGUCUUCCAGCUCUGACUCAAAAUCCGCCGCUGGACGUGGUGUUGUGGCAGGGACGACUGGUCUCGUCCUUGCUUUAUUGGGUGCGGGUCUGGCGUUACUCGUGUGAAAUGUAAAUGACCGACUUGGUUCACUGCUCAUUUAAGAAUACGUCUCGAUGGGUGAUCGUGGUUUCUGUGUCAAGUCCACAUCAGUUCAUCAUUUGUGGACCAUGGCAAAGGGGAUAAACAUUGUUAGAGAGUUAGCAGUCGACAGACCCGUCGGCUGGAAUGACGAGUCAUGAGUAGAAGGAAACGAAGAAGGACAAUUAAUUCACAUACAUCCACGAUACAAUCUUUAGUAACACUUUAGUGUCCGUUGCAUCACAUGCAUCCAUCUCCCCUUG